UUUUCCUCUUCCCCAAGCCACAAUACACAAAGCACACAUUUUACAAAAUACGUGAUCAAUUACCGCUGCGCCCACCGAUUUCCUGCACUAUACAACUACAAAACAACCUUUUACUUAAGCUCUUAAACCUCUAAAAUCUCAUAAUCUCUCCAUAUUUGAUAACUGUAAAACUCUUUCAUGGAUUCCAUUUUCGCUAAUGUCGUUCAAGCUCCCGAAGAUCCUAUUCUAGGAGUCACUGUUGCUUAUAACAAGGAUCCUAGUCCUGUAAAGUUGAAUCUAGGAGUUGGUGCUUAUCGAACUGAGGAAGGAAAACCUCUUGUGUUGAAUGUUGUUAGAAAAGCUGAGCAAAAAUUGGUUAAUGAUCCGUCGCGUGUGAAGGAAUAUCUUCCGAUUCUCGGAUUGGUGGACUUCUAUAAGUUGUCUGCUAAGCUCAUUCUUGGUGCUGACAGCCCUGCCAUAUUGGAGAACAGGGUUGCUUCUGCCCAGUGUUUGUCUGGUACAGGAUCACUCAGGGUUGGAACUGAAUUUCUUGCAAGGCAUUACAACCAACGCACAAUAUACAUUCCACAACCAACAUGGGGAAACCAUCCGAAAGUCUUCACCUGUGGAGGGCUAAAUGUAAAGGGUUACCGAUACUAUGACCCAGCAACUCGGGGUCUAGACUUACAAGGUCUCUUGGAGGAUCUUAAUGCUGCUGACUCGGGAGCAAUAGUGCUUUUCCAUGCAUGUGCUCAUAAUCCAACUGGUGUUGAUCCAACCUUGGAACAAUGGGAACAGAUAAGACAGUUGAUGAGGUCAAAAGGGUUGUUACCUUUCUUUGACAGUGCCUACCAGGGAUUUGCAAGUGGCAGCCUUGAUGAAGAUGCACAGUCUGUUCGUAUGUUUGUUGCAGAUGGAGGUGAAUGUUUCAUAGCUCAAAGUUACGCAAAAAAUAUGGGUCUCUAUGGGGAACGUGUUGGUGCCCUUAGCAUUGUCUGCAAGACAGCAGAUGUUGCUAGCAGGGUGGAAAGCCAGCUGAAGCUUGUGGUCCGGCCCAUGUACUCCAAUCCCCCUCUUCAUGGAGCGUCCAUUGUAGCCAGCAUCCUUAAAGACAAGAGUUUAUAUGAUGAAUGGACUAUUGAGCUUAAGGAAAUGGCAGAUCGAAUUAUCAGCAUGCGCCAGCAGCUUUUUGAUGCAUUAAAUGCUAGAGGUACACCUGGAGACUGGAGUCACAUCAUCAAGCAGAUUGGAAUGUUCACUUUCACAGGCUUGAAUGCUGAUCAAGUAACUUUCAUGAGGGCAGAGUACCAUAUCUAUAUGACAUCUGAUGGGAGGAUAAGCAUGGCUGGUUUGAGUUCUCGAACUGUCCCCCAUCUUGCAGAUGCUAUACAUGCUGCUGUUACUCGAGCUGCCUAAAUUAAGACACUUUUUGGAGCACAUGUGCGGAUCUUUCUUGGAAAAGCUCUACACCUUUUUGCUUCUUUCGAGUAAAAUUGAUUGGUUUCGGACUUGGGAGUUGGGGCUUCUACGUGUUUCAAGAAAAUAAAUUUGAAAUAGCAACUUGAACAUAUUCCUUUGGAAAUUGUUGUCCAAUUGGAUCUACCAAUGAAUAUCUCAUGCGUUUUCCUCUUCA